AUUGUAAUUCGUGAUUAAAUUAAUUGACAAGCGAACUCACUAACGUUAGCUCCCGUUUGAAACAACUAGAAUCAUGAGGAACCACGAGAUGCGUUUAAAUCACACUAUUUACAGCAACAACUUGAAUGAAAAGAUCAAAAAAGAUGAACUGAAGAAGUCGUUGUAUGCUAUAUUCUCCCAGUUUGGACAAAUUCUGGACAUUCUUGUUUCACCUACGCUGAAGAUGAGGGGUCAGGCCUUUGUGAUCUUCAAGGAGAUCAACAGUGUUUCCAAUGCACUCCGCUCUAUGCAAGGCUUCCCAUUUUAUGAUAAACCUAUGUGGAUUCAGUAUGCAAAGCAGGACUCCGAUAUUGCAAAAAUGAAGGGCACAUAUGUGGAGCGAGACCGUAAGAAAGAGAAGAAAAAGACUAAAGCCCCUGAUGCAGGUGCUGGGAAAAAGGCUUCUGCUGCUAUGGCCGGGGUACCAGCAGCCAUGCCUGGAAUACCACCCAUGAGCCAAGCCCCUCGCAUGAUGCCAAUGCCCGGUCAACCUCCCUACAUGCCUCCUCCUGGUAUGGCACCUGGGCAGAUGCCUCCAGGUGCUAUGCCUCCAGGUCAGAUGAUGCCAGGACAAAUGCCUGGCCAGAUGCCACAGCAGGUAUGCAAUAAAAAUAAGUCGCCUACACUCUUAAAAAUAAAGGUGCUUCAGCAGUUAUUGAUAUGA